GGCAGCUGAGCGGUCGUCACUUGCGGGGACUUAGGCGAGGAGCCGGCGGGUGGGAGCGAGCGAGCGAGCGAGCGCAGAGCCCGCGCCGCGCACUGGGGGGCAGGAGCAGCCCGCGCGCCGCGGGAGGGACUCGCACUUGCAAUAUGACUUUGGAGGAAUUCUCGGCCGCAGAGCAGAAGACCGAAAGGAUGGACACGGUGGGAGAUGCCCUGGAGGAAGUGCUCAGCAAGGCGCGGAGUCAGCGCACCAUCACCGUCGGAGUGUACGAGGCCGCCAAGUUGCUGAAUGUCGACCCCGACAACGUGGUGCUGUGCCUGCUGGCUGCAGACGAGGACGACGACCGGGACGUGGCUCUGCAGAUCCAUUUCACCCUCAUCCAGGCGUUCUGCUGCGAGAACGACAUCAACAUCCUGCGGGUCAGCAACCCGGGCCGGCUGGCUGAGCUGCUGCUGCUGGAGAGCGAAACGGGCCCGGCGGAGAGCGGGGGUGCCUCGCAGCCCCCUGACCUGCACUGCGUGCUGGUGACGAACCCACAUUCGUCACAAUGGAAGGAUCCUGCCUUAAGUCAACUUAUUUGCUUUUGCCGGGAAAGUCGCUACAUGGAUCAGUGGGUUCCAGUGAUUAAUCUCCCCGAACGGUGAUGGCAUCUCAGUGGAAAUAACUGAACCAAAUUGCACUGAAGUUUUGAAAUACCUUUGUAGUUACUCAAGCAGUUACUCUCUACGCUGAUGCAAGGAUUACAGAAACUGAUGUCAAGGGGCUGAGUGAGUUCAACUACAUGGGGGCUAGGAGAUGACUUUGCAGAUGGACAGAGGUGAAAAUAAAGAAGGAAGCUGUGUUGAAACAAAUCUAAGUCAAAAGGGACAAAAACUACAAAGAACUGUGCAAGAAAGAAAACUAUUGAUUUAGGAUGGCUGAGUUACAGUAAAAUAAGCCAAAUAUUGCUUUGUUGAAACCUUAAAUGUGUAGCAGUAGUUUGGGUUUUUUGGUUUUUUUGUUUUGUUUUGUUUUUUUUUGGUCUUUAUGCCCUCAAGUAAAAAGAAAGUGAAAAGGAUUGAUUGUAUUUUAAAGCUACAGGUUAAUAAUGUAUUUUGAUGAGAUGUUAAAUUCUCAGAAGUUUUAUUAUAAAUCAGACUAAGUUAUUUUAUGAUAUGAAAGGUUAUUUAUGAUGAAGUUUUUGAAGCACAAUAUCUAAAAUAAACUGGUUAUAAUUGCA